UGGGUUGAUAUAUACUAAAUAUAACAAAGACUAAUAAUCUCGUGAACCUUGUUACAAAGAGAAUUAAUUACUCAAAGAAUCUAGUUUGUAAUACUGAAGGAAAAAUAGUUACAAUUUGUGAUGGAUGACUUGUACUAUGCAGGUUUCAGCACAGAUGACAAUUCUAGUUCAUCCAAUGAUUUUUUCUGGGAUAAUGAGGGACUGAAUGAUGUGAGAAAGUUUCAAUUUUCUGGAGUAGAAGAUCAUGAAGAGUAUGGGGGAAUUGACUCAUUUUACUCAAAUUUUGGGUUCUUCCCAGAUGAUCCAUCAGAAGAAGGGUACCUUCUAUCCACUAAUCACCAAAAGUAUCACCAAAUAUUUGAUGAUUAUGGACUAUUGGAUGAUAACCUUCAGUUUGACAUGGUAUCUCCACCACUCCAAUUUGAUGAACAAUAUAGAACCAUGGUUCCAUUGUGUAACUCAACAAAGGACAUGCCACACUCAACUACCCCUUUAGCCUCACUUGAGAUCUUGAAGAGCUAUGGCAAAGGCUUCAAGAGGUUUUGGAAUGAAGGCAACAACACCAUGCAGCCAAUUGAUGAUGAGACUUUGGCCACAGAUGAAGUUAUUGCUGGGAGAAACCUAUCAACAGAAGAUCUCAUGAGGAUAGCAGGAACAAGGUUCAUCCAAUCAUCAUCAUCGUCUUCGGACUCGGAAUCUUUGCCUUUCUUGGAGAAUCACCCUUUUGGCUUUUCUUUCUCUGGAUUCUCUGAUGAAGAGAAAGAGGAUCUGGAACUUGCUGAGUCCCUCUUGGCUUGUGCUGAGAAAGUUGGCAACAAACAGUUUGAACGUGCAAGCAAAUUGCUCAGUCACUGUGAAUCAUUGUCUUCCAAAACCGGGAACCCCGUUAAGAGAAUUGUUCAUUAUUUUGCAGAAGCACUUCGCCAGCGAAUAGAUACCGAAACAGGAAGAGUUUCAUCCAAGGACUUGCAAAAGGGUCAACCAUUUGAUCCUGAAGAAGCAGCCAAGGAACUAACCCCUGCUAUUCUUGCAUUUGUUGAAGACCUUCCCUUUUGUAAAGUUGCACAGUUCACUGCAGCUCAAGCUAUAAUAGAAGAUGUAGCAGAAGCGAAGAGGAUUCACAUUAUUGAUCUUGAAAUCAGAAAGGGAGGGCAGUGGACUAUCGUAAUGCAAGCCCUUCAGUUAAGACAUGAAUGUCCAAUUGAGCUUCUGAAGAUAACCGCUGUAGAAAGUGGAACCACUAGACACAUAGCUGAGGACACUGGUCAGAGACUAAAGGAUUAUGCUCAAGGUUUGAACAUACCCUUCUCUUUCAACAUAGUUAUGGUAUCAGGCAUGUUACAUCUAAGAGAAGAUCUUUUUGAGAUUGACCCUGAGGAAACAAUUGCUGUUUAUUCUCCUUAUUGCCUUAGAACCAAGCUUCAGCAAUCAGACCAGCUUGAAACCAUCAUGAGAGUGAUUAGAACCAUAAGUCCUGAUGUGAUGGUGGUAGCUGAAAUUGAGGCAAACCACAACUCUAAAUCUUUUGUAAACCGUUUCGUUGAGGCUCUUUUCUCCUUCAGUGCAUUCUUUGAUUGUUUUGAGGCUUGCAUGAAAGGGGAUGAGAAGAACCGAAUGAUUAUAGAAUCAAUGUACUUCAGUCCUGGAAUCAGAAACAUUGUGGCUGCAGAAGGAGCCGAAAGAAGGAGCAGGAGUGUGAAGAUUGAUGUGUGGAGGGCCUUCUUCUCACGCUUUGGAAUGGAGGAGAAAGAAUUGAGCACUUUGUCUUUAUACCAAGCGGAAUUGGUGGCUAAGAGAUUUCCUUGUGGAAAUUUUUGCACAUUUGAAAGGAAUGGCCAUUGCCUUCUUAUUGGGUGGAAAGGGACACCAAUUAACUCUGUUUCUGUCUGGAAAUUCCUUUGAUGGAAAGUGCAACAAGGUUUUAAAAAUCAGUCCAUAACCACGAUUUUGGUCGUAGCGUUAAGGAUCUUUGGCUCUAUGUGGCCAUAACCUACAAUGUUAUGAAUCGAGACAAAACCGUGACUGGAAUUUAAAAUCUUAAAGUUUUCUUUCAUGUUGUUCCUAAUCAAUGUGUGUAUCAUCUCAUGUGCAGUUCUCAUUACUAGUCACCAACCACAGUUGUUGGUUAAUGGUGUUCGCCUUUGUUUACUACUACUAUUAAGUACAAAAGUCGUUUGUGUGAUA